CAGCCAUAAUCAUAAUAAUUAGAAAGAUGUCUUCACAGUUCAGAAGCAGGAUCCACUUAGACAAGUGGAUGCUUUCUGCGGGAUAGUUGAUGGGUGUAAUCCACCCAGGCUGUCGGGCCCUGUGGCUCAUUCUGCAACUGGUAUCUCACCGCCCUCCGUGUUUGUUGCAAGGUGUUGCAACAACACCGUCUGAGCCUGACGGCCCUCUCAACAUCUCGACUUUCAAUGGAAGAACUACCAGCCGAAUUAAUUAUCUCAAUUGGACAGCUCGUCGAGAAAUAUACCUUAUGCUCUCUGGUCCGGUGCUGUCAGCGAUUAUACGACAUCCUCCAACCGCUGUUCUAUUCAGAACUUCGAUUGACUCCGCCAUUGACAGCCAGCUAUACGUCCCUGGUCAUACGCCUAUGGCAGCGACCUGACCUCGCGUCUCUGGUACGCCAUGCUGAGAUACACUUUCCAAUAUCCGUCAUCCACCCUUCGUACCUCUUCGACCAUGAUAAGGGAUCCGAGGUGGAGGAUUUCGUCGAUGGCGUACUGAACGCGAUGUGGGAUCUCAAGGAAAGGCGCCCACGUGAUAUGCUGAAGGAGGGGUUGCGUAACGGUCGAUGGGGCUCCUGGAUGGGAGUGUUGUUUACUCGCUUAACUCAUCUGCAGACCAUCGAGUUCGUCGGCUUUUACAACAACCAAACGAUAAGCGAUAUGAUCAAUAGAGCUGGUAACCGGCAGCGACCCUUCGAUGCGGCCCUUCCUUAUCCUCAUCUGCGGCAAAUUUCAAUACGAGAGUGCGAGCGUGGAUUCAACCUCGAAGCCCUGACCCCAUUCUUCUAUUUUCCGGCAGUGGAAACGGUCGAUGUCGCCCAGAUGUGGGAAGGUAGAGGACGGGAUAAUUCUUCUGAGGGCCGGCGGAAACCCGGCCACGCCUCUUGCCCGGUCAAGCGGAUAAUCGUUCGGUCUUUGAAGCAAUCCCGCGGCACGCUCACCUGGCUGGCAGAUUGCACCGGGCUGGAGCACAUUUCUGUGCGAAUCGCCUGCACCUUCGUGGGACUUCCCGAGACGCGGUUCGGGGUCCCAUUCAAUCCAGCGCGAUUCCUUCAAGCCCUCCUCCCGUUCACAAGGACCUUGAAGAGCCUGCACGUAGAAUACGAUGAACUCUACAACUCUUUACUGAACAGUGAUGGGUCAUUGGACCUCUUCUACGAGGACAUCUUCUGGUUGACCGAGGAUGAACAAAAGCUGGACCAUUGCAAUGCACCCGUGGGUUCAUUACGCGGAUUCGAAGUCCUCGAAGCCAUCUCGCUCCGGCACGCCAACCUGCUACCACCAGUCUCAGAUGAUAGGACCAAGAGUCAAGGAAUUCUUGUGGACCGGCUCCCCAAAUCUCUGCGGACCCUCCGGGUCUUCGACAUCGUGCAGAGCCUUUGCGCAGAUCUACUAUGGGAACUAUCAGUCCUCGUAACCACCCACGAUGCCUUUCCUCACCUGAAAGAAAUCUACCUGCAGGGUAAAGCAAUCGACGAGGUGGCACUGCGUUCACUACAAUUUCAUUGCGAAGCUACAGGCAUAUCCCUGACCUACUAAACAUGCAGCAGCCCUACACACAGAGGGAUAGUUGACUGCCCAAAAUCACCCA